CGACGGCGACGACGACGACGCCGGUUCGAGGAUUUUGAAAUCCCGGGGAGGGAGGUGACGUGCAAUGCAGGGAAGAAGAGGAAUCGAAGUUUAUUGAGGCUUUUCUUUUGGAGGAGGGAGGAGGAGGAGGAUCUUGCAAGGCACAGGUAGGUGCGGAGGCGAUCCCUUGCUGUUUCGGUCUCUCGGCCCCCUUGCCUUAUGCCGUUUCUGUGCAAGUAGGAGUCCUUUCAUGCUGCUUCGUUGAAGAAGAGAAGUCUGGGAGUUUUCAGGUUUUGGGUUCGAUCAUGCCGUCUCCAAUGAUGGACCUGAAGGGUUUAUCCUCAGCAUACCACAUUUCUGAAGAUGUCCAUUUCCCCAGUGAGAGGCAGGUUGGGUUUUGGAAGUCAGAGGCUAUGUCUGACCAAAAUGGAACAGUAGGUGGAAAGUUUUUCACUUCUUCAACCCUGUCCAAGCUCUCACGAAUGGAAUUGCCAGCGACAAUGUCCGCUAAUCUUCUUGAGCCUUUCCCAAUGCGAGAAGAGAAUGUUAAUGCCAGCUUAGAUGCAAAGGCUAGUGUGGGAGACAGACACUUUACUCAGUCUUUGGCUUUGUCGGGAACUGCAGACUACGCUCCAGGAUCGAAAACUAGUUUGAAUGGAAAGCCAGCUCCACAUCUUAUGGAAAGUGACAGAAUUAAUGUGAUGGGUGCUCGGUCUGAGAACAGUCUAUUCUCAAGCUCAUUGUCGGAAUUAUUUAGCAGGAAAAUGAAACUAACAUCAAAUAGUGCAGUGUAUGGCCAUUCAAUUGACACUGUCCACUAUGAAGAAGAGGAAGUACUUGAAUCCUUGGAAGAAAUUGAAGCGCAGACAAUAGGAAACCUGCUCCCUGAUGAUGAUGACCUGCUUUCUGGAGUGACGGAUGGAUUUGACUUCCUUGCGCAGCCUAAGGCUGGGGAUGAUGCGGAGGACUUGGACUUCUUUAGUAGUGUUGGGGGAAUGGAUCUUGAAGAUGAUGGUUCAUCUGCAGGACAGAAGAAGUUUGAAUUUACUAGCGGAGUCUCUCCAUCAGGAAAUAAUGCUUCAAUUGCAGGGGAGCACCCCUAUGGGGAACACCCCUCAAGGACACUGUUUGUCAGGAACAUAAACAGCAAUGUUGAAGAUGCCGAACUACGGGCUCUUUUUGAGCAAUAUGGAAAUAUUCGCGCUCUUUAUACAGCAUGCAAACAUCGUGGCUUUGUGAUGAUAUCUUACUAUGACAUCAGAGCAGCCCGAACUGCCAUGAAAGCACUCCAGAACAAACCUCUAAGGCGUAGAAAGCUAGACAUUCAUUACUCAAUUCCAAAGGACAACCCAUCAGAAAAAGAUAUUAACCAAGGGACUCUUGUGGUAUUUAACCUUGACUCUUCUGUUUCAAACGAUGAACUCCGCCAUAUAUUUGGUGUUUACGGAGAAGUCAAAGAGAUUCGUGAGACUCCGCACCGAAGUAAUCAUAAGUUUGUUGAAUUUUAUGAUGUUAGAGCUGCAGAGGCUGCUCUUCGUGCAUUGAACAGGAGUGAUAUUGCUGGAAAGCAGAUUAAAGUUGAGCCAAGUCGUCCUGGUGGUGCAAGACGUGUGCAACAGCUGCCACAGGACUUGGAGCAAGAUGAGAUUGAUCUUUUUAUGCAGCAGAACAGCCCCACAGGUAACUCCACUGUCAGAAUAUCUGCAGGACCACCACUGGGGACAAUCACAUCUAGCGGUGUGGAUAAUGGAACUAGUUUGGGCAUGCACUCUGUAGGAUCCCCAUUUCUAGAAGCUGCAUUUCAUCAGGGGAUAUCUUCUAGUGUUCCUAGCAGCUUGCCUUCUUUGAUGAGGGUCGGUUCAGUCGGAAAUUAUUCUGGUAUUCCUGAAUCUGGUUAUACCAAAGGACAACUGGCAUUUGAUAUUCGACCAGCAGCUGGCAUUUAUCCUCAUUCUCUUCCAGAACAUCAUGAUGGCCUUGCAAAUGGCAUUCCUUGUAAUUCUUCUAAUAUCAUAGGGGCCAACUUCAACCAGAUACCACCUGAAAGAGUGGAUCACCGGCAAUUAUGCAGAGUCGGCUCAGAAGGACACUCACUGGGACUUAAUGAAGGUGUCUUUGGAGCUGCUCUUCAUGGGAGCCAACCUCUUGCUGGACAUCAUCCCACAUGGAGUAAUUCGUGUUCUCCUCAACCUCCAAGCCUCUUGUGGCCAAACUCUCCAUCUUUUAUUGGUGGAAUCAGUAAUGCUCGUCCUCUGCCAAGACUACAUGGACUCCCUGGAGCACCAUCUCAAAUGCUCAACACAGUUUUGCCCAUGAAUAAUCAUAGCGUUGGAUCUGCUCCGGCCAUUAAUCCUUCUAUUUGGGACCGGCAACAACCAUAUAUGGGAGAAUCACCCAAGGCUUCUAGUUUUCAUCAUGUUUCUCUUGGAAAUAUGCGAAUUUCUGGUGGCUCGCAGCAUUCCAUGGAUUUUGUUCCUCAUAACAUCAUUCAGCAAGCUGGCAGGAACUGUGUGGACUUGCCAAUUGCCCCUAGAAAUGUGGGACUCCAAUCACAUCAUCAGCAGGGAAUUAUGUUCUCUGGGAGAGGCCACAUGAUACCUGUUGUAACUUCAUUUGAUCCUUCCAAUGAGCGUACUAGAAAUCGAAGAAAUGAUGGUGCUUCUAAUCAGGUGGACAACAAGAAGCAUUACGAACUCGACAUUGACCGGAUAAUGCGAGGAGAAGAUAUCAGGACAACUUUGAUGAUUAAGAACAUUCCUAACAAGUAUACUUCAAAAAUGCUUUUGGCUGCAAUUGACGAACGACUUCGAGGAACUUAUGACUUCAUUUAUCUGCCAAUAGAUUUUAAGAACAAAUGCAACGUCGGCUAUGCUUUCAUCAACAUGACUGAGCCUAGCCAAAUUAUUUCAUUCUAUAAGGCAUUCAAUGGGAAGAAAUGGGAAAAAUUCAACAGUGAAAAAGUAGCAUCUCUUGCAUAUGCUCGUAUACAAGGAAAAGCUGCACUCAUUGCACAUUUCCAAAAUUCGAGCUUGAUGAAUGAGGAUAAAAGAUGUCGUCCUAUUCUGUUCAAUACUGAGGGACCGAAUGCUGGUGAUCAGGUUCCUUUUCCAAUGGGGGUUAAUGUCCGAACGAGACCCGGGAAAAUGCGCACCAACAUCUUUGAAGAGAACAACCUGGGAAGCUUUCCAAGCAUGGCAGACGGUGAAGAUUUAUCCAAUGGAUUAGACGCAAUUGCAAGUUCUGCCAAGGAUUUAGACUGAGGAAGCCACUUUUUUGUGCGUACUAACUCGUAGCCGAGUAACUCAUCUCUUUUACCCUAAUUAUCUCGACUUCUCGGGAAAAGAGAUAAAACUGUAAAAGGAGAAACUAAAAACCCUUUUUUUUUUUCCUCCGGAGGCCUCUUUGAAAGUUAGAGAAGUGAUGCUUAGCUAGCGCUGAGCAAUUUUCCGAUUUUCUCUGAGAUAUUUUGCAAAGUUCCUGGUGGCAAAGGAGCAUUUUUUGGAGCUCUGAAAUUUUGGAUGAUCUUGAUAGUGUCGCAGGACCAUCUCUAUAUUAAUGUGGGGGGGUUCAUGACAGUCAAGAGACUUCUGCUGCAGCUCAUGGAGGCUUCUUCGCUAUACAUUCUUUUGACAUUUUUCGUUUUGUCCUGCUUGUAUUCCUAGUCUCCUAGAGCCCCCUGUCCCUGUUGUGAGGUAAAAACGGUCACAGGGAGAGCUUUUUUUUUUCCCCUUUGUCUUUUAGAAAUUUUGAAGUGAUGGUGUCAGGAUUAUAUACUCGCAUAUUUAUGAGAAUCACUUCGUUGAUUGUCUUCUA